UACCAGUCGGUUACAAAACUCUUCGGAGGCGCUCCGCCGAUCGCUCACUCUCGCUUUUUGGCGGUUUUCUCCCGCUCCGGCCACUCCCUCUCGCUCAGCCGCCGCCGCCCCACGCCGAUCUCCGUCGCCUCCCCCGCGGCUCAGUGAUCUCCCCUCCCUACGUACGGACUGGAGUCCAUGCAAGCGUCAAUUGAAGAUGGAAGGAAGCAGAAAGUAUCAUCCCAUAGCUUUUUCUCUUUUCUUGGAGGAUUUUAGGAAGCGUCGAAUGGAGGAGUUCGAAUCUACACUCCAAAAAGAUGCUCCAAAGGAGUGGGAUUCCCUGCUUGAAGAGGAGAAGAUGACGUAUCAAAAGAAAGCCAUGGAGAGAGUUGCAUCCCUUAUGAAAGGUCUGGAGAUAUAUAACAAGCUGGGGGUUGAAGCUGCGGACUAAACUUCAUACACCUUAAAGUUCAUAGGGAGAAAAGAGAAUUUUUGGAGGUCCUUAUACUCAUUAUAAGCCUAGCAUUGAAUAUACUGGGUAUUCACCUUAUCAAUAUCUCAAAUCAAGGAUAGGUUCUAUUUAGUGCUUAACUGAAAU